UUCCUUACUGAGGAGUUGGCAACACUCCCUCUGUUGUAGUGGUGGAACAGGAAGUUCCGGGAAGGCGCCAUAAUUGUGUGGUAAAGACGAUAUAUUUUGUGUCUAUUAUUACAGGCCGACUCAGAUUAAGUCUGAGGAGGGUAACAUCAACAGUGAGAACAGACCCAGCCUGCCUCUCUCCUUCCACACUGAGUCCAAACCUACAGUCACUGGGUCCUGAUUGUGACAGUGGAGCCCAGUUUUUACAGCAGGAUCCAGAGAUGGCAUCAGUGAAGCUGGAGGACUGCAGUCAAACACCGGAGCUGAAUGUCAACAUUAAAGAUGAAGAAGAGGAGGAGGAGAUUGGGACAUCUGUUUAUCAUGGCCGACUCAGGUCAAGUCUGAGGCCAGUAACAUCAACAGUGAGAACAGACCCAGCCUGCCUCUCUCCUUCCACACUGAGUCCAAACCUACAUUCACUGGGUCCUGAUUGUGACAGUGGAGCCCAGUUUGCACUGCAAGAUCCAGAGAUGGCAUCAGUGAAGCUGGAAGACUGCAGUCAAACACUGGAGCUGAAUGUCAACAUUAAAGAUGAAGAAGAGGAAGAGGAGAUUGGGACAUCUGUUUCUCAUGGCCGACUCAGGUCAAGUCUGAGGCCAGUAACAUCAACAGUGAGAACAGACCCAGCCUGCCUCUCUCCUUCCACACUGAGUCCAAACCUACAUUCACUGGGUCCUGAUUGUGACAGUGGAGCCCAGUUUGCACUGCAAGAUCCAGAGAUGGCAUCAGUGAAGCUGGAAGACUGCAGUCAAACACUGGAGCUGAAUGUCAACAUUAAAGAUGAAGAAGAGGAAGAGGAGAUUGGGACAUCUGUUUCUCAUGGAGACCAUGUUGAGACAUUCUCUACAUCCAGAGAGCAACAGCAGGAAGAUCACAGAGCUAAGAGGUCUCACCACCUCCCACAUUGUGAGAUUUUCCCAAUUCUAUCAAAGCUAAAAAUACACCUAAAAAUACACACAGGAGAGAAUCUGAAUUCCUGUACUGACUGUGGGAAGAGAUUCACAACAUCACAAGCUCUGAAAAUUCAUCAGAAAGUGCACAUUGGAGAAAAGCCUUACUCCUGCUCUGACUGUGGGAAGAGUUUCUCCCGAUUGGAAAGGUUAAAAAGUCACCAACUAAUACACAGAGAGAAGCCAUUCUCCUGCUCUGACUGUGGCAAAUGUUUCAAAACAUCAACUGAGGUAAAAGUUCAUCAGAGAACACACACAGGAGAGAAGCCUUACUUCUGCUCUGCCUGUGGAAAGAGUUUCUCCCGAUUGGAUACCUUAAAAGUUCAUGAACGUGUACAUACAGGAGAGAAGCCAUACUCUUGCUCUGACUGCGGAAAAUGCUUCACCACAACAUCUGAUCUAACAGUUCAUCAGAGAACACACACAGGAGAGAAGCCUUACUUCUGCUCUGACUGUGGUAAGUGCUUCAAAACAUCAACUGAGGUAAAACUUCAUCAGAGAACACACACAGGUGAGAAGCCUUACUUCUGCUAUGCCUGUGGAAAGAGGUUCUCCCGAUUGGAUACCUUAAAAGUACAUGAACGUGUACAUACAGGAGAGAAGCCAUACCCUUGCUCUAACUGUGGAAAAUGCUUCACCACAACAUCUGAUGUAACAGUUCAUCAGAGAACACACACAGGAGAGAAGCCUUACUUCUGCUCUGACUGUGGUAAGUGCUUCAAAACAUCAACUGAGGUAAAAGUUCAUCAGAGAACACACACAGGAGUGAAGCCUUACUUCUGCUCUGACUGUGGGAAGAGAUUCACAACAUUGCAAGCUCUGACAAUUCAUCAGAGAGUGCACACUGGAGAGAAGCCUUACUCCUGCCUGCACUGUGGGAAAAGUUUCUCCCGAUUGGAUAAGUUAAAAAGUCACCAACUAAUACACAUAGCGAAGCCAUUCUCCUGCUCUGACUGUGGUAAGUGCUUCAAAACAUCAACUGAGGUAAAUGUUCAUCAGAGAACACACACAGGAGUAAAGCCUUACUUCUGCUCUGCCUGUGGGAAGAGAUUCACAACAUCACAAGCUCUGACAAUUCAUCAGAGAGUGCACACUGGAGAGAAGCCUUACUCCUGCUCUGACUGUGGAAAAAGUUUCUCCCGAUUGGAUAAGUUAAAAAGUCACCAACUAAUACACAUAGCGAAGCCAUUCUCCUGCUCUGACUGUGUUAAGUGCUUCAAAACAUCAACUGAGCUAACAGUUCAUCAGAGAACACACACAAGAGAGAAGCCUUACUUCUGCUCUGCCUGUGGAAAGAGUUUCUCCCGAUUGGAUAUCUUAAAAGUACAUGAACGUGUACAUACAGGAGAGAAGCCAUACUCUUGCUCUGACUGCGGAAAAUGCUUCACCACAACAGCUGGUGUAACAGUUCAUCAGAGAACACACACAGGAGAGAAGCCUUACUCCUGCUCUGACUGUGGUAAGUGCUUCAAAACAUCAACUGAGCUAACAGUUCAUCAGAGAACACACACAGGAGUGAAGCCUUACUUCUGCUCUGACUAUGGGAAGAGUUUCUCCCAAUUGGAAAAGUUAAAAUGUCCCCAGCGAAUACAUAUAGACAGUCUCACUUCUGCUCUGACUGUGGGAAGAGUUUCCGAUUUAGAUACCUUUUAAAAUGUCACCAGCGUAUACAUACAGGAGAGAAGCGUCAUCAGUUCUCUCAGACCAGCUAAGAGUAAAGUCAUUACAUCACUUCAUUCUCAUCUCAUAAAUGAAGUGGUAACAGUGAAUUUGAUAACAUUUAAGAAAGAAUAAAACACUAUUGGGAUCCUAUUGUUUCUCACUGUGAGAGAACUGUGCAGAGGAAAGGGAAUGUUAUAGAAUGUUAGCCUCUCUUUACUGAUCAGUGUGCAUCUUGUCAGUUUUGGUGUGUUUUGUUAGCUUCUACUGUAGAGAUAUUGAGAUGACCUUGGAUUUGCCCAUAGGGUUGAAUAUCCUACGAGGCUUCUUACGUUAAAACAAUGUAGUCUGACUGUUGACUGUGUCGUACUCUGUGGGAAUGAGUUAGUAGAUACAACAUGUGUCAGAUAGAGAUGGUGUGAUGAUCAGUUUUCUGUGGGAAUGAGUUAGUAGACACAACAUGUGUCAGAUUGUGAUUUUCUGUGGGAAUGAGUUAGUAGAUACAACAUGUAUCAGAUAGAGAUGAUGUGAUGAUCAGUUUUCUGUGGGAAUGAGUUAGUAGAUACAACAUGUAUCAGAUAGAGAUGAUGUGAUGAUCAGUUUUCUGUGGGAAUGAGUUAGUAGAUACAACAUGUAUCAGAUAGAGAUGGUGUGAUGAUCAGUUUUCUGUGGGAAUGAGUUAGUAGAUACAACAUGUAUCAGAUAGAGAUGAUGUGAUGAUCAGUUUUCACCAUUUAGUUGAUUUUUUUUUUUUUUUUUUUCACUACUAAGCAAUUUUUGUUUAGUGAUAUACAUACUUUGAAACGAUAAACAUGUUUAUUAAAUUGUCUUAAAUAGAUGUAUUAUUUUCGUCAUUGAUGAAUGUAUUUGGAUGUCUGCAUUAAACUUAAUUGAUGUGCGAAUGAAAAAUAAAUAUUCUACUUGAAUUUGUGCUGGUCAAACUUUGGGUUAUCUAUACAGACAAUGCAAUGUUUUUUGUUUAAUUGAUGUUAUUAAAACUAAUUUAAAUGUC